CCCCUCUAACACUGUGCCAACAGAAAGAGGAAGAGAGAGAGACGCACACACACACAGUAGAGAGAAAGAGACAGAGAGAGAGAGAGAGAGAGAGAGAGAGAGAGAGAGACUGAAACCCCAUAAUGCACUGCACGCUGCAGGGCUGAAGUCGUGCAGAUUCAUCAGUUCCUGUUCGUGGGGAUUGUGUGUGAGUGCACACACACUCAUACACCCAGACCGAGUGCAAGAGAAACACACUGACAACCAGGCAGAGAGAAGUGCCUUCUUCCGCCGACCCCCGUGGCUGUUUGGCUCCAUUGAAGCCACCUCUGCCUCUGUGCCUGUCCAUGUCUGCUGGAGUUGCCAGCCACACUAGGAGCCCCAGGACUGCCAGGACUGCCAACCUCAUCCACUGAGCCAGUCUCCACACCACUGACACCUCCCUGCUUCCCUCCUAUCUACAUCCAUGCCAUUCAGCCCUCCUCUGUGGAAGUCAACCAGUCCCCUCUCAUCUGCAGACAGAGUCUGAUACCGAAGACAGACAGCUUUUAUCGGCUCCAGUGAGCGGAAGGAGAUUGUCGCUUUGCUGUCCCCUCCACCACAGCCUACUCCACCUCAUCCUUCUCCGUCUCUUCCUCUUUCUCCUCCUUCCUCCUUUCCUCCAGCCCUGCAUCUUUUCAUCAUGGGCCAACUCAAUCGAUAAUGUGUUUUGCUAUUCAUCUCAUCUGACAGUUCAGCCGUGGAGCGAGGCGAUAGAGAGAACUGGAGAGUGUGUGUGUGUUAGAGAGAGAGGACGAGAGAUUGCAAAGCAAACCUCUGUGGCCGUCACCAGCCCAGGCCCUGGGUGACAGGCGGUGAAGGAUUCCUAUUACAGCCACAAACAGACUCUUAGGAUGGGUCACAGGUGGUAGGCAAGUCCCAGGCCUCACAGGCUUCACCUCAGAAUCAGAGCCCCAGGACAAAACCUCUUAAAACUGGCUUUUUCCCCAUGUCAUUUACUUAUUCAUUCUUCUCAUUCGUCCCAGUGUCAUUAGAAACAUACAGACGCACACAUAACUGCAUUUGCUGGAUAUCUGUCGCUCUCAAUCGCCCCUUUCUGCCUGGUUCAAAAUGGCGGUGAAUGUGACACCGAUCCGGGACACAAAGUGGCUGACGUUGGAGGUUUGUCGGGAAUUCCAGAGAGGAACGUGUUCUCGACCGGACAGCGAGUGCAAGUUCGCCCACCCUGCCAAGAGCUGUCAAGUGGAAAAUGGCAGAGUCAUUGCCUGUUUUGACUCACUCAAGGGCCGCUGUUCCAGGGAGAACUGUAAGUACCUGCAUCCUCCUCCUCACCUAAAGACCCAGCUGGAGAUCAAUGGAAGGAACAACCUCAUCCAGCAGAAAAACAUGGCAAUGCUGGCCCAGCAGAUGCAGCUUGCUAAUGCCAUGAUGCCUGGCACACAGCUACAGCCAGUGCCCAUGUUUUCAGUCACACCCAGCCUUGCAACCAAUGCCAAUGCUGCUGCAGCAGCGGCUGCUGCGUUUAACCCCUACCUUGGCCCAGUGUCGCCCGGCCUGAUGCCCGCUGACAUCUUGCCCAGCGCCCCUGUACUGGUCACCAGCAACCCCAGUGUCCCCGUACCUGCUGCUGCUGCUGCUGCUGCACAGAAACUCAUGAGGACAGACAGACUGGAGGUGUGUCGGGAAUACCAGCGGGGCAACUGUACACGUGGGGAGAACGACUGUCGCUUUGCCCAUCCUGCAGAUAGCACUAUGAUUGACACCAACGACAACACAGUCACUGUGUGUAUGGACUACAUUAAGGGCCGCUGCUCGAGGGAGAAGUGCAAGUACUUUCACCCUCCAGCUCACCUGCAGGCCAAGAUCAAAGCCGCCCAACACCAAGUCAACCAGGCUGCGGCUGCUGCAGCCAUGACUCAAUCGGCUGUCAAAUCACUGAAGCGACCCCUCGACGCAACUUUUGACCUGGGGCUCCCUCCCGUCUUGCCUCCUUUACCAAAGAGACCUGCACUUGAAAAAGCCAACGGUGCCACCACAAUGUUCAAUGCUGGCGUAUUCCAGUACCAACAGGCCCUGGCCAACAUGCAGUUUCAACAGCAGGCUGCCUUCAUACCAUCAGGCUCGAUAUUGUGCAUGACACCUGCAACAAGUGUUGUACCCAUGAUGCACGGUGCUACUCCAGCCACUGUGUCUGCAGCCACCACAUCUGCCACAAGUGUUCCCUUUGCAACCGCAACAGCCAAUCAGAUUCCAAUAAUAUCUGCAGACCAUCUGACUAGUCACAAGUAUGUGACCCAGAUGUAGGAGUCUCAAUCAGAACAAUGGAAUUGGAGUGUGCCGGUGUCCAGAUUAGCGGUCACCCUUCAUGCCUGUAACAUCAAGAGCAAAACGGAGAACCAAAUCUAAACUGGUUUGGAAUAAAUCUGCAUGUUAACAUAGGAGGCACAGUUUGUUAGGAUUGUUUUCAUGUGUACUUCAUGCACACUAUUACACAACAACAGAAAAGAACAUCAUUUGCAUUACAGACUGCCUUUCGCUCUGUAGAGGCAACUUACCUUUAUUCACCGGACACACUUUGAAUGUUAAAAUGAGGUUAAUGUGUGGAGCGGUCGUUAAAAAAAAAAUCGACUGCUGGAUUGGUACGUCCAUUGACCAAGAAUCAUGACUUAUGUUGUUUGUUUGUUCAUUGAUUGUUGGUCUUUGACCUAAAUGUGUUCAUUUGUUUACACAAAGGCGCACCUUGUAUUUCAGUUGAGGUAAAAGAAACAAAUAAUCUGACUGAAUCACAUAUGCAUGCACAAUGAUUUUCAUUACGAUUUUAUUUUGUUAAACCAGUGAUAAGGGAAAUUACAUGAGUGCACUCAGAGGCAAAAUAGCAACUGAAUGUCUGUGAGGUGUCUUUCAAACCUUUGUAGCCUACCUUUCUAUCUCUUAAGCACAUGUCUUUAACCUUGCAGGCAUCCCUGUAAAGUGCCAUACAUCUCAAAAUACAUGAAUGGUAUUCAAGCAGUGUUACAAAGUAUUAAACUCAACACUUCCCUUUAAUACGUCUCUAUUUUCUCUCUUGGACAGCAUGUAGUGUCCAAUGUCGUGACCUGUCAUUACCUGUGAUUCCAACUAGCAUCACUGCUGAUUAGAUUACCUUCCCCGGAUUGUCUGCUUUACUCAAAUCUUCUACUGAAUGAAUAGAUUUUUAAUUUUUUUUUUUCUUAGACCUUAUUGUUGAUGUCAGUUGUUUAGACAGGAAAUGACUGGAUCUGUGCAGACAGAUCUCUCCAUGUUCAUUAAGUCUAUUGACUCUAAAAGUCAGAUGAGUUGUUUGUGCGUGAGAGACCAAAGACUCUCCCAAUGAUGAAGAUGUAAUGAUGAAUAGCUUUGAAACAACAGGGCGGUCAGUUGGUAUCCAAACUGCUGUGAUACAGAAGUCAAAAUCUAUAGUGCAACUGGUGAUGGAUAUGUGAUUUGUAUGACCUGAUUUGUUUUUCAUUUGUAUGGUUACACAUAUUUUAAGGCAGGUUGUAAAAGUAGAUUUAGUGUAAUGUAUAUAUAGUCUGACAUAUUUAAGAAUAUUUGUUAAAUACGUCUACCUGAGAACUGUUUUCAGAUAGUCAGCCAAAGUCUUUUUGUGUCACUGUUACUAGAUAUUGUGGGUAGACUAGUGGGGCGAGCCCAAUGAAGGAUCGGGUGUUUAGAGUAGAUCUCUAGAACUCUUUGUUUUUGUUGUGUUCUGGGUGUUCUUCAGGCAUAUUUAAUUGGUGGAUAGUACAGGGAAAGUGGCAAGAAUUUAAACGAUUGUAUUACUCAUCCAAAGCCUUAGAAUGUACCAUCGGGUCAGCACAAUGCAACAUGCCAUUUUGAACCAUCCAGAUGCCUAAUCCACGCCAUAUUAAUUAUAACACACACACAGAGCACUAUGUAAUUGUCACUUUUUUUGUCAGUGUUUUCUUAACUUUCUUGUAGUUUUUCUUUAGAUGAGGAGUGUUUUACUUUAUUUUGUUUGGAUGAUAUUUUGAUAUUAGUUCUGAUUUUUAGUUUUGCUUAUUAUAUUUAUCUUUCUUAUAAUGAAUAUAAGGUAAAAGUGUGUGUUUGUGUGUUCCUCAUGCACAGUUUCCUGAAAUUCCAUGUAAUGUUGAUUUUAGUAUGAUUAUGAUUGUAAACUCAAUAUUUUCUACGUUAUGCAUAUUGUUGAACUGUAUGCAUAUUGUUCA